GGUGUGUGUUGCCGUGGCCGUGUGCGUAGGUCUGAGUCCCCAUUUAAAAAGGAGAGUAAAUCGUCGUUUCUGUUGGAUUUUGCGACGAAGCUUGAUUGGAGUUCAGAGAAGCGCGGAAGAGAGAGCGGAUUAAAAACUGGAGGAGGAUAAGUGCCUUUUGAAGAGACCACAGUCGGAGUUACAUCGAAGUAACUAUGGAAGUUCCUGGUAUGCAGAGUUCUCAUGUUGAUCCAGAAGAGUUGUUUACCAAGUUGGAUCGCAUUGGCAAGGGAUCCUUCGGCGAGGUCUUUAAGGGUAUUGAUAAUCGUAGUACGAGCGUUGUUGCCAUUAAGACCAUUGACUUGGAGGAGGCUGAGGAUGAGAUCGAGGACAUUCAGCAGGAGAUCACAGUCCUCAGUCAGUGUGACAGUCCCUACAUCACUAAGUACUACGGCUCGUAUCUGAAGGGCAGUAAACUAUGGAUCAUCAUGGAGUAUCUAGGUGGUGGCUCGGCUCUGGAUUUGCUUCGAGCAGGUCCAUUUGAUGAGUCUCAGAUUGCUACCAUGCUAAAGGAGAUCUUGAAAGGACUGGACUACCUGCAUUCAGAGAAGAAGAUUCACAGAGACAUUAAAGCUGCUAAUGUGCUCCUAUCAGAGCACGGUCAGGUGAAACUGGCGGACUUCGGGGUGGCCGGGCAGCUGACAGACACACAGAUUAAGAGGGAGACCUUCGUGGGCACGCCAUUUUGGAUGGCCCCCGAGGUCAUACAGCAGUCUGCGUACGACUCUAAGGCUGACAUAUGGUCACUGGGUAUAACAGCCAUCGAGCUGGCCAAAGGCGAGCCUCCGAACUCUGACAUGCAUCCAAUGAGGGUCUUGUUUCACAUCCCCAAGUCGCCGCCUCCCACCCUGACUGGGGACUUCUCCAAGAGCUUCAAGGAGUUCACCGAGGCCUGCCUCAACAAGGACCCGGGCUUCAGACCCACCGCGAAAGAGCUGCUCAAACACAAGUUCAUAGUCAAACACUGUAAGAAGACGUCGUACCUCAGUGAGUUGAUUGACAGGUACCGGAGGUGGAAGGAGGAGGGGCAUAGCGGCAGCAGCUCGGACGACUCGGAUAGUGAGUCCAGUAACAAGGAGAACAGCCAGUCUCCGGAGUGGUCCUUCACAACGGUCCGCAAGAAGAAGACGGAGAGCAGGAAGGUUCUCAAUGGGACGGGUCAGGACCAGCUGAGCAAAUCCACCAGCCUGACAACAGUCAUCUCUCCCGUUUUCACUGAGUUGAAGCAGCAACACAAGGACCAGUCUGAGCAGCGGCUGGCUAUCGAGGAGCUGGAACGCAACAUCCGAUUGGCUGAGGAGGUCUGCCCGGGCAUCACCGACAGGAUGGUCACACACAUUAUCGCCAGGUACCAGAAAUUCUCAACCAACUGAAGAAGAAAGAGAUGGACGGAUGAGUGCGGUAUGCUGAGCGUGACAGGAAACGGGAGACUGUGUCUCCAUCUGGUGAAGCCGAAGACUGUUGGAUGAUGGGAAAUGGAGGAGUUUUGCUGUGCAACGUCUCCUCGCAUUACACUCCGAAACAGACACUACUUGUAAUAUAUAAACUAAAUACAUAUCUAUUUUUUUUUCUCUUCACUGCUGUUCGCUGAAAAUAAGCCUGUUUUACAGCAGGACCUCAAAACGAAAAUAGCUUUAUUUUGCUUUUAACUGCGAUGCAUGUAGACACACAGGUUUUACUGUCCCUUUAGGGUUGUACAAAUUUUUAAAAAAAAAUCUUAUUUUGAUAUAUAAAUUCUCCCAACUUAAGGUUUACCCAUAACAUAUAGACAUUCCAGUCCGGCCAAGAAUGUCAUUUACUAUCCUUUUAUAAGAAGUACCUUCAUUUACCUUUUUUUUUUUUAACCUUCGUCGGUAAGUUUUAAGCUUUUGAUCGAAACGCUCUGCUCAGCCCCUCAACUGCAAGAGGAGAAGAAGGAAAAGCCAUUAUCUCACCCAACAGCAGUGAUGCAUUCUGUGUCAUGACCUGCCGCCACUUGCAGAUGACCUCCCAUUCGUAGCAACAGAGACUCGUUACCCUGUUUGUUCAGCACAGUUAAUUUUACAGAAACUCUUAGAAAUGACAGCUCCCAGACCCGUACGAGAACCAGCCGUGUUCAAAACGCCGUCACUGAACGAGAGGUUAUGACCAGGGUUUGGAUUUCCACAUUAACAAAAGUCAAACCCCGUAAACGAUGUCGUAGGAAAUAUCCACUACCUGUGCCCUGGCCGUCAUUUUCCUGUUACUCCAUGUUUUCUUCUUUUCGCUCUGUUACUGCCCUUCGGCUUGAUGGUACUACUAGGAUGACAGGGACGAAUCACGGUACACUUGAUGAAGCUGCCUCCAGUUUACCGUUAUCCUUGGUUCAGGAGUCAUUCUUCUGUUCAUUUGUGCGUCGCCUUCCACCAGGAUACAGGGAACGGUCAUGCAGUCACAUCGAACCCAGAUGGUGUAGUCUGGCGAUUACUGCAAUGUUAAGAUAAUGAUCCGCACCGUUGAUUAGAAAUUUCAGAAUACUUUCUGAACCAACAACCAAAGGGACUUUCUGUGGCGUAACCUUUAAAGGGACGUGUCAUUAUCAACACAUCCAUGUGUCUGGUUUUGGGGCAAAGGUCACGCGUCUCUUUUUCCUAACAAUCCCAUGUUUGAAACACAGGUUGAAACGGCAUAUAUAUAUAUAUACACACACACUUUGUGUCGAUGUCUCGUUUUAAACUUGGGGGCCUGUUGGCAGAAUAACACGAAUCCCUGUUGCUCCAAACCAGCCGUACACAAAACUCAAGUCCUCUUAUUAAAGGUCUCGAGGAUGGAGCUGUAAUAUAAGACUUUACUGAUAUUUUGUACCAAAGACACUAUAAUGCUUGGUCAUUGUAUAUUUUCAUCUUUUUAUAUAUGGCAAGAGAUGCAAAAAAACCUAAAAAAAAAAAAAAAUUCCCUUGAGAG